AGUGGUUGUAUUAUCAGUCACUUGUGCGCUGCUUGGGGGCUCCUGUAACCUGUGAAGUAGUUUUCUGUUCCAAUCUGGUCGUGCUACAUAAAGGCAAACUGGAAAAAUGGCUAGUGAGAAGGGACACAUAAUGAUUCCUAUGACAUCAUGUGAGACUUAUCCACAGCCCAACAUACAAGCACCCUCUGCACCAGACUUCUGUGCACAAGAAGUAGAUUACCAGUAUCCUUCUCCCCCACCAUACUCCUAUCAAGAUGUCAACCCCACAGCCAACCCCACAGAAACAGUAUACAUAGUGUCUCAGCCUCCAAUUGUUGUAGCAGGAAUCUUUACAAGCAAGCCAGCAUCCACAAUAUGUCCAUCUUGUCGCCAAGCCAUUACUACACAGGUUGUCUACAGACUGGGUAAACUAUCUUAUCUUCUAUGUUCCGGGAUGUGUGCCACUGGGUGCUGUUUAGGCUGUUGCCUCAUACCGCUCGUACUGAAGGCCUGCAAAGAUGUGGACCACUACUGCCCACGCUGCCAGUUUCAUAUCUUCAGAUACAAAAGGAUUUAA